GCACAGGCCCGCGCAUGCGCAAUUGUAGCCGGAAGUAGUUACUGAUCACUCCGGUCCAGAGAAAGCGUAUUGUGUACUUACUGUACCUGCCGACACCAUGAACACCAAGAGCUCUCAGCUGAAGGACAGUAUACCAAUUGGGGAACUUUCCACUCAGUAUGGAGGAUACGGAGUGCAGGAUACCCUACGCACAGGGUUUACAAGUGUGCAGAGUGAGCUUUUACCAAGUCAUCCUUUGGAGUUGUCUGAAAGAAAUUACCAGAUAAACCAGGAGAAAGUGGACUUUUCCACUCUAAGAAAUAUCCAGGGGCUACAUGCACCACUGAAACUACAGAUGGAGUUUAAAGCUGUCAGACAGGUUCAGCGUCUCCCAUUCCUACAAAGUUCUAACAUUGCUUUGGAUUCGUUGAAAGGGAAUGAUGAGUGCAUUGGCUUUGAAGAUAUUCUCAAUGAUCCAACACAAAGUGAAGUAAUGGGAGACCCACACAUGAUGAUGGAAUAUAAACUGGGUUUAUUGUAACAAAUGUAUGCACAAAAUAACCAAUAAAACAGUGAAUUCUUUUUGUAAA